GGACCGUCCGGACAGACCCAUGCGGUGACCGUGCCUAUCGAAGGGCUACUUGCCAAAAGCAGUCCUGCGGUCGGACGUCGUCGUGCGGUAGCUGUUGGGCACACGGUUAAUUCUUCUGUUAUUGUUGUUAGUUGUGGUCUGGCUGUUGCUGACGUUCCUGCCACCGUCAAGAUUACCUCGCUGAAGAAUUAAGCUGCAUCACACGUCUAAUACUGUGCUUAAUAGGUGCGUUCUUUGUAUAGUAUAUAGGCGCAGUGACCGAGACGUAACAAACCAGAGUUACUUUUUUCCUCUCUCAUAAAUCCACAGAGUGACUGUCUCGCGUGCAUCUAGCUCCAUUAAUGGUGACACAAUUCCGUUUUAAUUGAGAAGUGUUUAGACUGUGUUAAUCUAUUUGUCACCGGCUGUUUUGAGUUUGGAAGACUCUCCGAUAUUUCAUUUCUUCGCUCGAGGAAAGCUUCUGAUACCGAGUUCCCCCGGAUACAGCAUCGUCAUAUAGCUUUGUCUCUGGACGUGACACAGUCGAUUAGCGGAAACUCCAGAAUCGCCUCUUUCGGAGCUCAACAUCAGCUCGCUAAAGUCGCAACCACAGACUGCCUGCAAUAAGCCGACAUCGGCUUCACCGAAGUGAGUGCACCGUCGCCUUGUAGGUGUCCUCUCGUUUUAGCGGGUUCAGCGCAAGCGCACGUUUUCUUGACACGUGCUUCCCGUGCCGCCUACCGCUGCUAUCGCAGCCGCGAAGAACUGUCUCUGCUGCCGUCAUCUCUCUAGAGCAGUGACAGCAGCAGCAGCAGCAGCAGCAGCAGCAGCAGCAGUGAUAAUCGUCUGGCCGAUUCGUCUGCCUACAGCCCGCCAUAGCCCGAUCUGGCGUUCCAAUCAGCUGGCGUCUCGCAAAAAGUAACGAAGAAAACGAAGAAGUAGUAACGGGACUGGUGCACAGGAAUCAUAACGGUUGGGCGACUGUUUUGUUUAUUGUCGUUGCUGUAGCGUUGUUGUUUCUGUUCAUGCAGUAUAUAGGGUGUUGAAGUUGUUAUUGUUGGUAUCAGUGCCUGUCACGCUUGUUCUCAUUGUCUAAUUGGAAUUUGUGCUUACUGCCUACUGAACGGAUUACGCUCCCCGCUGCCAUCAUCGCUUGUAGCUGCCUGUUCGUGCCGGUCAAAACAGAUAGACGGAGAAACAGUGAUAGGAAAAAAUAUUCAUGUGUCCUGUUUGUUGAUUACACGAAUGACGGCGAACUCUCUGUGAAACUGGGAUAAGUAAACGGAAGAAGCGGCAAGCCAACAAUCGACACCGAGCGUCGUGGAACGUUUAUCGACGGUGUAAUUGCAUAGGUACCGUGAGUCACCAGGAGCGCACGCUGCGUAAGUGUUCGGCGACACACACAAAAACGAAAUGAAGUAAUCGAGCGCUAGCUAUGAUAGGAAAGGGUGACCUGUGAGCUUGUAGCUGUCAAUUGUUUAUAGCGCUCUUGCGUGUAUGUGUUUUUGUAUAAAAUAUCGAUAAAAACGAACGGUAAUUACGAAGCAAGAACAAAUGGCGGCGACAGCUACGAUUGGAGUUUUUGAAGAGCUUAUGUUCCAGUUCGAUGAUCUUGGCGAUCUUGAUAGUUCGACCCAGCCUGCAGAUGACGAGCCGUUAUCACCGCCCAGCGACGAACAAAACUACAUCCUGCGCCACAGUAAGUCCGACCCGAUGCUUACCUCACCAACGAGUCGCGAAGUCAUGCGCUCUCAGCAAAUGGCCAUCGCACGACGCCUCGUGUCGUUGCAGGCUUGCGGCCAGCAGCGCUACUUGCAACUUCGUGGUCGGCAUUCAGUCGAAGAGGACUUCCCAGGCCAAGGCGGGCAGAACAAUCGCCAUGAACAGGACCAUGAGGAUGACAAACGCGAUGAGGACGAAGAAGCCGUUGAAGACGAUGUUAGCAUCGCUCCGACAAUUGAGCAGAUUAAGGACGACUACAACUCCUGUUUUUCUUGUGGGGUUUCUUGGUCCGACAACCACGUUUCUUUGGAUUGCAAGGAGUGCGGAGGUUAUGCUUUAACGCGCCCAUGCCUUUCCUGUGACGGACAGUGUCCUUCCCUUUGGACACGCAACCUCGCGGCCUCUCAUGACCAUCGCCAGGCCCAGUGGGAAGGUCACUGCGUGCUGCGACGACCAGCCAGUCAAAUGCCGCGGGUGCCCCAGGACAAGCGGUCGAACGGGUUCGUGAGGUUGGAAGCAACGGCACCCAUCAACAAUGCCAUGAAUACCUCUAUGUCGGCGCUGACGAGGUCUUCAGCGUCUAUUUCAACAACGACAAAGAAUGCGACUAUUAUCCCUUCUACAGCAACAGCUGCUUCAUCCGCUGCAGUGGCGAUAUAAAGUCGUCUGUACAGCUAAUCUCCGUUAGGUUAGAAGAUGUAAAUGUCAAAAUAGAAGGAAGAAACACUAAAUAAAACUACAAGAAAAGCAGCCAACUAGGUAAAAUGAAAGUCAUGAAGGUCUACGAGCGUAAGGCUGAUUGGACGCAAAGCAACGAAUAUGAGCGGUCGCGUGCGAAAGAUAAUGCGAAAAUGGAAGAUCUCUACGAUGACUUUGUAGGUAACACAAGCGUUAGCAUUGUGUAGUGCUCGAGACCGCGGGCUUCAUGCUCAUAAUAAAUACAUACACAGAGAAUCCUGUAUGUAUAGAUACUGACACUGGAUUGUGCUUCUUGGCAGAUCUACGGAACUCAACGUAAGAUGCCAAUCAUCUGUUCAUUAUAGAAGUGAACUUACGAAAGUAUAGGGACAAUUACAGUUUCACUUAUUGUAGCAGUGGUUAGGCAUCAAUGCACCAAAAUAUAUUCAUUGUAAUAACACGCUAAAGUUAGAUUCAAGCCGUUCUUGAACUGGAAAUACGGCCGCUGGGGCUAAUUUUUCGUCGUAAAAUUUCGCCAGUUAGCGUGCCGGUGGUAUUGCUGGCUGGGGCGGGGGGCAUUUUGGAUUAUGCUACCGCAGGAUAUAGUUUGUGGUGCGGCCCAUUUGAACUUUCUCUAGAUGCUUUUUCUUUUUGAGCGCGCCGUUAUAGUUGGACUUUUCUGGGCAUCAUCUGCCCUCUGAUUAUAUAACGAUCGUGCAUCAUACAAUAGAAAUGGAUGCUAGAGAAGAAGCCAAUGACAAAAACCAUUCCGGUGCAUUCCGUGAUGCAAAACACCGUAUGCAUUUGAGUUGCUGUUGACUAGCUAAACGUGGCGAUCGAUCUGGCUAUGUCAAUCUUUGCCGAAGAUCGACAGAUGAUAAAAAGUUUAAGAAACAACGUUUGAUUUCUACGUAAUAUUCUAGAUAUUCGCGGUGAUUUCGCACAUCUUUUACAUAACGCAAUUCACAUCUAUAAUAGUUGAAUGUUAUGACAUAAUAGAGGUAGGAAACGCUUGCUUAUACAAUCACGCUCCCGUAUUGGGAUACGACAGAUCGUUUUCUUGGUUCCUUCGCAUAAAUCUUCCAGCCUCAUGACUGACCUUCGUGAAGAAACUACUACAGCUUGAAGUAAGUAAUGAAAAAAAACACCAUAGCAAUGUAUGAAUAAUGCUCCAAUUGGCUUGAAGCUUUUCUUUAGAAGCGGGUUAGUUGUCCGGGGGUCGGAAUCCAUGGCAAAAAUGUGUACGAUACUUGUUGUCGCAUCCUCUUACUCACCCCGAGCGUCAGGGUGACAUAUUCGCGACCGCCAACGCGUUGAUGGCAGACAAUCACUUCAUUGUAAAGGUGAACAGGUACUGCGUAUAAUUAUAUUGUUUUCGGCAAAUGUUGUAGCUGAAGCUAAGCUGAGACGUGAUAUUGCCGCACGUCGAAAAGGGCUAACAGAGAAUUUGUUUUCUAUUUUAUUUGUACUUAUACGAUUAGAUGAUAGCGGCGAGAACUUGUUUUUGAACGGUUCUGUGAAACUGUCAAUGCAUAAAUACACCAUUGAGUUUAUUUGACAAUAAUGAAUAGAUACGGUAUCGGGUUGUAAAGGAAGUUGGACUCUGAGAUGGAGUGAGUGCCUUAGCAGGUUUGUGAUGGUUCGGGUAAAUGACGAAGCGCACAUUGAGGACUAGCCCAUUGUGCUAGAAUAAUUCAUUGGAAUCAUCAACUUAGGCCGACAUUAUCUCAACGUAUCGCAGAAGGGCAGUACUGCACUUUUACCGAUACGGUAUAGUGAUGAUUUAGGCUGCGUGGAAUAUAACCUUUUGAAGCAUCAGCUUGUCCCUGUGCGCGAAAGUCUAGCCUGAUAUAGUGAAUAAGUGAGCGAACAGGCAGAAGACGUAAGCGUUGUGAAAUUUCUACGGUCUGCCCAAAGCUCUGUAUUAGCACCUGUCGCCCAUAGUACCUUUGUGUGUAAUGUGCAUGCCUCUUGUAGCUUUUGGACCUGUGGAAGCAUGGCCAAUGUUCCGGAUCGGAUAUAUAGCAGUGAUAUGAAAUUCAUAAAAGUAAUAAGAGGUUUACAUAUUUACCCACUGACCUCUUUGCUAUCAAACAGCUCAAUGCAUCAAUAUCAUGAAUGAAUGCAUUCACUCAAUCGUGGAAUAUGGUCACACGUGAUCGAGCGAUUAGAUAGUAAUCCAAUAAACAAACAGCUAUUCAAGUCGGUUUAAAAUUUACAUAAUAAUAGUGAUAAAGGUAACAAUAUCCAUAUGAUACGGAAUCGUUCAUGAAUAAACUUGACGGUCGCUUAAAGUUCGCUAAGAUGCUAAAGUUCACUUAUGUAAUGGGAAAGAAUGGUCUGCUCUUCAUUACAUAUAUAUGAUAGCAGAGAAAGUUAAGGGCAGAGACAUUGAUAAAUGAAGAGAUCACAAGUCGUGUAAGUCGUCUCCAACAUCUCUAUGUGGUUAAUAUAAGUAAAUAUAUGUAAAUGCAAAAUAAGCGGUAUAUAGAUAAUUAUGAAGAAAAAAGGCGGUGAAGGGGCGGUGAAGAUCAAGUGAUUGUGAAACAGCGGAAAGCGAUGCGUUGUUAAUACUAAGUGAUCACUGCCUACUCUAGAAAGUGGGCUAGUGUAACAAUGGAAGUGUUUUUCUUGUGAAUCUCGCCAAAAAAUCGACAAAGAGAGGGAAGAUGGUGAUGUAUGUUUUCAAUGGUCAAAAAAAUUUUAAGAAAUUGCUCUUAUGAAUGUGGACAAUAUUAUUAUUAUUAUUUUCAUUGUUAUUUCGACUGAAAUACUGAAUAAACUCAGUGAAUAUGAGAAAAAUGA